GGGGCCUGUUGUGCUGGGUAGGCCUGCCUGGCCUGGCGGGGGCCGAGUCUGAGAGCUGUUCAAAAGGUGAUGACUUAUCAACAGCCAUUCUCAAGCAGAAGAACCGCCCCAAUCGGUUAAUUGUUGAUGAAGCCAUCAAUGAGGACAACAGUGUGGUGUCCUUGUCCCAGCCCAAGAUGGAUGAACUGCAGUUAUUCCGAGGUGACACAGUGUUGCUGAAAGGAAAGAAGAGGCGGGAAGCUGUGUGCAUUGUGCUUUCUGAUGACACAUGUUCUGAUGAGAAGAUUCGAAUGAAUAGAGUUGUUCGGAAUAACCUUCGAGUACGCCUAGGGGAUGUCAUCAGCAUCCAGCCAUGCCCUGAUGUGAAGUACGGCAAACGUAUACAUGUGCUACCCAUCGAUGAUACAGUAGAAGGCAUCACUGGCAAUCUCUUUGAGGUAUACCUUAAGCCGUACUUCCUGGAAGCUUAUCGACCCAUCCGAAAAGGAGACAUUUUCCUUGUCCGGGGUGGGAUGCGUGCUGUGGAGUUCAAAGUAGUGGAGACAGAUCCCAGCCCUUAUUGUAUAGUUGCUCCAGACACAGUGAUCCACUGUGAAGGGGAGCCUAUCAAACGAGAGGACGAGGAAGAGUCCUUGAAUGAAGUAGGCUAUGAUGACAUUGGAGGCUGUAGGAAGCAGCUAGCUCAGAUAAAGGAAAUGGUGGAGCUGCCCUUGAGACAUCCUGCACUCUUCAAGGCAAUUGGUGUGAAGCCUCCUCGAGGAAUCCUACUCUAUGGGCCUCCUGGAACAGGGAAGACCCUGAUUGCCCGAGCUGUGGCAAAUGAGACUGGAGCAUUCUUCUUCUUGAUCAAUGGUCCUGAGAUCAUGAGCAAGUUGGCUGGUGAGUCAGAGAGCAACCUUCGUAAAGCCUUUGAGGAGGCUGAAAAGAAUGCACCUGCUAUCAUCUUCAUUGAUGAGCUGGAUGCCAUUGCUCCCAAAAGAGAGAAAACUCAUGGAGAGGUAGAGCGGCGUAUUGUAUCACAGUUGUUGACGCUCAUGGAUGGCCUAAAGCAGAGAGCACAUGUAAUAGUGAUGGCUGCAACCAACAGACCCAACAGCAUUGACCCAGCCCUACGACGAUUUGGUCGCUUUGACAGGGAAGUAGAUAUUGGAAUCCCUGAUGCUACAGGACGGUUGGAAAUUCUCCAGAUCCAUACCAAGAACAUGAAGCUGGCAGAUGAUGUGGACCUGGAGCAGGUAGCCAAUGAAACUCAUGGGCAUGUGGGUGCUGACUUAGCAGCCCUUUGUUCAGAGGCUGCUCUGCAGGCCAUCCGCAAGAAGAUGGAUCUUAUUGACCUAGAAGAUGAGACCAUUGAUGCUGAGGUCAUGAACUCUCUGGCAGUUACUAUGGAUGACUUCCGGUGGGCCUUGAGCCAGAGCAACCCAUCAGCACUGCGGGAAACUGUGGUAGAAGUGCCACAAGUAACCUGGGAAGACAUUGGGGGCCUGGAGGAUGUCAAACGUGAGCUUCAGGAGCUAGUCCAGUAUCCUGUGGAGCAUCCAGACAAAUUCCUCAAGUUUGGCAUGACACCAUCCAAGGGAGUUCUGUUUUAUGGACCUCCUGGUUGUGGGAAAACCUUGCUGGCUAAAGCCAUUGCUAAUGAAUGUCAGGCCAACUUCAUUUCCAUCAAGGGUCCAGAGCUGCUUACUAUGUGGUUUGGGGAGUCUGAGGCCAAUGUCAGGGAAAUCUUUGACAAGGCCCGCCAAGCUGCCCCUUGUGUGCUCUUCUUUGAUGAGCUAGAUUCAAUUGCCAAGGCCCGUGGUGGUAAUAUUGGAGAUGGUGGUGGGGCUGCUGACCGAGUUAUCAACCAGAUCCUGACAGAAAUGGAUGGCAUGUCCACAAAAAAGAAUGUGUUCAUCAUUGGAGCUACCAACCGGCCUGACAUCAUUGAUCCUGCCAUCCUAAGACCUGGCCGCCUUGAUCAGCUCAUCUACAUCCCACUUCCCGAUGAGAAGUCCCGAGUUGCCAUCCUCAAGGCAAACCUGCGCAAGUCCCCAGUUGCCAAGGAUGUGGAUUUGGAGUUCCUGGCUAAAAUGACUAAUGGCUUCUCUGGAGCUGACCUGACGGAGAUAUGCCAACGUGCUUGUAAGCUGGCCAUCCGUGAAUCCAUCGAGAGUGAGAUAAGGCGAGAACGUGAGAGGCAGACAAAUCCAUCAGCUAUGGAAGUAGAAGAGGAUGAUCCAGUGCCAGAGAUUCGCAGAGAUCACUUUGAAGAAGCCAUGCGCUUUGCCCGCCGUUCUGUCAGUGACAAUGACAUUCGGAAAUAUGAAAUGUUUGCCCAGACGCUUCAGCAGAGUCGAGGCUUUGGCAGCUUCAGAUUCCCUUCAGGAAAUCAGGGUGGCGCUGGCCCCAGUCAGGGUAGUGGAGGUGGCACAGGUGGCAGUGUGUACACAGAAGACAAUGAUGAUGACCUGUAUGGCUAAGUGAUGUGACCAGCAUGCAGCAAGCUGGCCUGGCUGGACCUUGUUCCUGGGGUGAGGGCGCUUGCCCAGGAGGGACCAGGUGUGCGCCCACAGCCUGCUUCAUUCCUCAGUCUGAACAGUUCAGCUACCAGUCAGACUUUGGACGGGGGUUUCUGUUGCAAAAUAUACAAAAGUGAUAAAAUAAAAAUAAUUUUCAUUUGG